AUGUUGGAGUGGCUGGGCGAUCUUUUCGGGCUGUUGUGGGGUGCCGUGGUGCUGGUCCUGUCCGUUGACUUCCUGAGCGACUUGCUCCUCCUCUCCGUGCUCUACGUUGUCGGCCGCUACGUCUACGUCGCGUUCCGCGGAAACAUCCAAAGCGGAAAGCCGGCGCGCAGCUUCAAGCUCUCCUCCGAGGAGUUUGGGGCGGGCAAGGAGUUGGACGCCAUCAACCCGGCCACCAACGAGAAGAUCACUACCGUCCGCGCCUUCACUCCCGACGAGGUCAACGAGUGCGUGAGGCGUGCGCGCGUGGCGCAGGCCGAGUGGGCCGAGACGUCGUUCGACGAGCGGCGCGCGGUGCUGCAGGACCUCAUGCACGCCGUGGUCGAGCAGCAGGACACCAUCUGCCACCUCUCCAUGCAGGACACCGGCAAGACCCGAAUGGAGGCCGAGUACGGCGAGAUCCUCACCACGUGCGAGAAGAUCCGCCACCUCAUCCGCAACGGCGAGGACGCCCUCAAGAGCGAGAGCCGCGGCGUCCCGCUGCUGCUCUUCCUCAAGAAGGCCUGGGUCGAGUACUACCCCAUGGGCGUCAUCGGCAUCAUCGUCCCCUGGAACUAUCCGUUCCACAACGUGGCGUCGGCGGCCGUGGCGGCUCUGUUCGCCGGCAACUCGGCGGUGAUCAAGGUGUCGGAGUGCUCGCUGUCGUCCAAGGACUACUUCGAGAAGCUGUUCCGCAAGGUGCUGGCCGCCCGCGGCCACAACCCCGAGCUGGUGACCCUCAUUGUGGGCGAGGGCGAGACCGGCGCCGCCCUGGUCAAGUCCGGCGUCGACAAGAUUCUCUUCAUCGGCUCGCCCGCCGUCGGCAAGCGCGUCAUGGAGGGCGCCUCGGCCAACCUCACCCCCGUCAUCCUCGAGCUCGGCGGCAAGGACCCCUUCAUCGUGUUGGAGGAUGCUGAUCUGGACCACGCCACGGAGGUCGCCCUGCGCGGAGUGUUCGUCAACUGCGGACAGAACUGCAUCGCCGCCGAGCGCAUCUACGUGCACAACAAAAUUCUGCCCAAGUUCGAGGAGGUGGUGGCCAAGAAGGUGGCGGCCUUCCGUCAGGGCGCGAGCGUGAACGGCGGCUGCUUCGACGUGGGCUCGAUGACCAUGCCCCGCCAGCUCGAGAUCGUCGACGAACUCGUGCAGGCCGCCAUUCAGGACGGCGCCAAGGUCCUCGCCGGCGCCAAGCGUGACGAGAAGCCCGGCCUGUUCUACCGUCCCACCGUGUUGAGCAACGUCAACCACUCGAUGCGCAUUGUGAACGAGGAGGUCUUCGGCCCGGUGAUGCUCAUCAUCCCGUUCAGCUCCGACGACGAGGCCGUGCGCCUGGCCAACAGCACCGAAUACGCCCUGGGCAGCUCCAUCUUCAGCGGCAACGCCGCGCGUGCGCAUGAGGUGGCGCGUCGCGUGGUGGCCGGCAUGGCGACCAUCAACGACUUUGGCGUGGGCUACCUCAUCCAGAGCCUGCCCUUCGGCGGCACCAAGAUCUCCGGCUUCGGCCGCUUCGGCGGUGCCGAGGGCCUUCGCGAGUUCUCCCGCCAGAAGUCGGUCGUCACCGACCGCUUCCCCGGCGUGCUCACCAAGGCGCCGGCGUUCACCAAGUACCCCAUCCCGGAGAACGGACCGGCGAUCGUGAAGAACGCCAUCCACUUCUUCUACGGCCCCGAGAGCCCGUCGGGACUCUGGGCCAAGGCCACGCACCUGUGCGCCAUGCUCCAGCUCCUCAUCACCCUCAAGUAG